CAGAACAAGACAACACGGAAGUACAACUGAGCGCGCGMUUUUUUUUGGUGACCACAACUUUUUCAUCGAGGACGAAGCCAUACUAGCGCAAUAGCCAACUCUCAGUCGACWGAAACAUGUCUAAACUACAGUCGUUUCGUGUGUUUUUAAAUGAGCGUUUAACUGCGGCAGCUGUGGAGAUUUUCGGGGCAGUUGAAGAAACGGUAGCGGAGUACCGCGAGGAGAAUGAUCGGCUACGGAGACUGCUGCGGGUCACACCGGAGAUACAACUAUGUAGGAUAGACUCCCUGCAGCUCUCUGUCUCUGAAGAGGAGGUUACCCCUGAGCAGCAGCACUGUGAGCAGGAGUGGAGCCCCAGUCUGGGGCAGGAGAACCCAGAGCUUCUACAGAUUCAGGAGGAACUCAUGGCCACUCAGGAGGAAGAGCAGCUUCAAGGGCUGGAGGCUGAUAUCAAAUUCCCUCCUUCCUGUGUGAAAAGUGAAUGUGAUCAGGAGGACCCACUUCAGUCCUUGAUUCUUCCCCAAACCCAGACUGUGGAGAACAGAGAGCGUGACCCUAAACAAGUGGAUCUCACACCUUUUGUUACUGUGACCCACGUUAAGGGCCUCAAUAUUCACUGUGACCCUCCAGAUAAUCAGAACAAUGCCUCCAGCCACAGCUUAGCCGUAAACAGUGACCCAGUAGGACUUGACAGCAGCCCACCAAUGGAUCCCAGCUCAUCAUUUGAUCCCAGCUCAUCAUUGAAUCCAAACCCAUCAAUGGGUGAACACCGUUAUAAACCCAGCACCACCUCCAGAAAAACUCCCCACUGUGGUGAAAUGUUUGCUCUGAAAUUGACCUGCAGAGGCAUGUGACUCUCUCCAAGAAGAGACUCAGUGAAUGCCGUUCUGCAGAAAACGCUACAACUCCACCUGUAAACUGAAGGCCCAUGUCCG